GAGAGAGAGGGAGAGAGAGAAUCAAAGGAUAAAUCCUUACUACAUAAUGAUUAGGACUCACAAGCCCUUCCUGUGACAUGGAGUGUAGAAGCCAGGAUUACAACAGGACAGAGUAAAGAGGCUACAGGCAACACAGGGGGAAGGAGGGACACAGGUGCAAGAAGAGGAAGGGGCACACGGGAACAACAAGUGCAUUGAACACGGCCACUAAAGGUUUCAGGGAUCCAUGCAACAACCUGCAUCAAGAGCGAUUUGGAAGCUCACCGUCUGACCUGCUGCUGCUGUCCUCUGUCUGGGCCAUCUGUCUGUGGGCGUUGGAGCUAGCAGACCCAAGCCCAGCAUCUGGACAGCACUGUGUUUUACUUAAUGGAGGGGCCAGCGUGCCGCUGGAGAGCACAGGGAGCAACCGGAGGCUCAGGUUAUCCUGCAGACGUGAAUUUGAUGAGAAAUUGACAUAUAGUCGAUGAGUGUGUCAUCAAAAAGAUGGAGUACAUCUGUUUCUUUCACCUGGGCGAGACAGCAGUGGGCAGUGAGAGAAGGAAAAGGGCGUCGGGCGCAGAGUCUUGACUGUCGGAAAACGUGAAGAAUUUCACUGAAUCGACCACUUGUUUUCGGUUGUUUUUUUAUGGCUCUAACUGCGUUAUUGGGCCACUUCUGAGAUAUUUUCUCUUGGCCAGGAAGUGGAUACAGAUUAGAUGUGUUAUCAGAGGUGAGAGGCUGCUGAAGACCAGCCAAGACACAGACAUUCACACACACACACACACACACACACACACACACACACACACACACACACACACACACACACACACACACACACACACACACACACACACACACACACACACACACACACACACACACACACACACACACACACACACACACACACACACACACACACACACACACACCUACACGGUAUGCUUCAUUACAAUGAGUGCAUAUAUACAUACUCUGCCCUAUUGAGCACACACAUACUCACAUACACACAUACAGACACAACCCAUCUCGCACAACUCUCGACUUGUUACCGUAACAAACCUCUCUGGCGCUAGCUGUUCCAACUUCUAUCCUCACGCCUUACACUGGAAAUUAGCCUGUCACUACGGCCGUGGACUGCCUCAUUCUGUUUAUGAGUUGCUCCUUCUUUCCUCUGGCACCGUCUUUCUUCAAUCACUCUCCAUCACUCUAUCCAUACUUCCACCCCCCAUCCCACCUCCCUUACCAGCAAGAGAUAAUGUGACCUUCUGCCAAAGUGCUGGAAACCAUGCCACGGUCGCAGCGGGCUCCUCUGUUGCUACUGAAAUAGACUCCAACAAGUGCCGAAAGGAAGAGAGCAGGGGAGUGAGGGAAGGGAGAGAGCGGGGGAGUGAGGGAAGGAAGAGAGCGGGGGAGUGAGGGAAGGGAGACAAGGGAAAAAAGAGAAGCAGGACAGCUGAAGCCACGGAAUGAGCCGGUGGGAGCCAGGGCUGGAUGCGGAUUGCCAACGCAGGCAGUAGGUGACUGAGAUGGGCGUUCGUCUAGGUCACUUGAGCGACUCCCCGUGGUGGUGGCCGCUACUGCUGCUGUUGCUGCUCUGCACUGCCCCCUGGUGCCAAGGUCGGCCUUUCGCAACGCCCUUGCCAGCAGUCAACGUGGCGGUGGUGUUCAGUGGAUCGGCCUACCAGCAGGAGAUCAAGGGGCGUCUCAGCAGGGAGAACUUCAUGGACCUGCCCUUGGAGGUGAAUCCCAUCACAGUGCUGGUAAACAACACCAACCCUCGGGCCCUGCUCACACGCAUCUGUGACACACUGGCGGCCAACCGCGUACAUGGUGUGGUGUUUGAAGACAACAUCGGCUCGGAAGCCGUGGCACAGAUCCUGGACUUCAUUGCCCUGCAGACGGCCGUGCCCAUCGUGGGCAUCAGCGGGGGCUCCGCCAUGGUCCUGCCACACAAGGGCGACGGCUCCACGUUCCUCCAGCUGGGCUCCUCCAUCGAGCAGCAGAUAAACGGCAUGUUCAAGGUGAUGGAGGAGUACAACUGGGACAGCUUCGUGGUCAUCACCAGCCUGUACCCGGGCUACGAGGUCUACGUGGACUAUGUCAAGACCUUCACUGACACCAGCUACUUCAUGUGGGAACUGCAGGACGUGCUGACCUUCGACAUGUCUGCCGACGGCAUGAACGACAUCCGGGCACGGCGCCUGCUGCAGCAGAUCGACGCCCAGGUACUGCUGGUAUACUGCUCCCACGAGGAGGCCCAGUACCUGUUCAGAAUGGCCGGAGAGGCCGGCCUGCUGGGGCCUGGCUACAUCUGGAUCCUCCCUAGCCUUGCCGUGGGGAAUCCAGACAUGCCCCCACCAAACAGCUUCCCUGUGGGCCUCAUCAGCAUCAUCACCGACCACUGGCGGAUGAGCCUGAGGAAGCGGGUGCGGGAUGGGGUGGCCAUCGUGGUCAAAGGGGUGCAGAGCUUCCACAAACAGAGGGGCUUCAUCCCCGAGGGCCACAACGACUGCCACAGCCCUGUUAGGGCAUCUUCUAAUGAUACACUGUUCAGGCACAUGUUAAACGUAACAUGGGAACACAACGACUUCUCGUUCAACCCUGAAGGGUACCUGAUCAACCCAGCUAUGGUCAUCAUCACCUUAGAUCGAGAGAGACAGUGGGAUAAGGUGGGGAACUAUGAGAUGGGGAUCCUGCAGAUGAGAUACCCGGUGUGGCCUCGCUACGGCACCUAUCUGGAGCCCGUAUCAGAUAACAGACACUUGACUGUGGCCACACUGGAGGAACGUCCCUUUGUCAUAGUGGAGGCUGUCGACCCCAUGACUGGGACCUGUGUCAGCAACACUGUGCCCUGCCGCCGCCAGUCCAACAAGACAGAGACUAUUGUAGGUCAUACUGAGCCCUACACCAAACUGUGCUGUAAGGGUUUCUGCAUAGACAUCCUGAAGAAGCUGUCCCGCACCACCAAAUUCUCAUACGACCUCUACCUGGUCACCAACGGGAAGCACGGCAAGCUGGUCAGAGGCAGUUGGAACGGCAUGAUCGGAGAGGUGGUAUACAAGCGGGCGGACAUGGCCAUUGGCUCGCUGACCAUAAACGAAGAGCGCUCAGAAAUUAUCGACUUCUCCGUGCCGUUUGUGGAGACGGGGAUCAGUGUGAUGGUCGCCAGGAGCAAUGGGACCGUCUCACCCUCUGCCUUUCUUGAGCCCUACAGUCCGGCGGUGUGGGUGAUGAUGUUUGUGAUGUGCUUAACGGUGGUAGCUGUCACAGUGUUUAUCUUUGAGUACUGCAGCCCUGUGGGGUACAACCGGAGUCUGGUGAGCGCCAAGGGUGAGUGUCAGCUCCGACCACCUUUCCCUCUACCUCUACCCUCCCGUAUCAGCAAAGGUAGAAAGUCACGGAAAAAUCCCGGAGGCCCCACCUUCACGAUUGGGAAGUCUGUGUGGCUGCUGUGGGGCAUCGUCUUCAACAACUCUGUUCCAAUUGAGAACCCCAAGGGCACCACCAGCAAGGUCAUGGUCCUGGUAUGGGCCUUCUUCGCUGUCAUCUUCCUGGCCUCCUACACUGCCAACCUGGCAGCCUUCAUGAUCCAGGAGCAAUACACUGACACAGUCUCUGGACUGAGUGACAAAAAGUUCCAGAAGCCACAGGAGCAGUAUCCACCGUUUCGUUUUGGUACGGUCCCAAAUGGAAGCACAGAGAGGAACAUCCGGAGCAACUACCCUGAGAUGCAUGCCCACAUGGUCAAAUACAACCAGAAGGGUGUGGAGGACGCCCUCAACAGCCUCAAAUCAGGGAAACUGGAUGCCUUCAUCUAUGACGCUGCGGUGCUGAACUACAUGGCAGGUAAAGACGAGGGCUGUAAGCUGGUGACCAUCGGCAGUGGGAAGGUCUUUGCCACCACUGGCUACGGCAUCGCCUUGCAGAAGGAGUCCCGAUGGAAACGUCCUAUAGACCUGGCCCUGCUCCAGUUCCUAGCGGAUGGUGACACACAGAAGCUGCAGACGGUGUGGCUCACAGGGAUCUGUCGUAACGAGAAGAAGGAGGUGAUGAGCAGUAAGCUGGACAUAGAUAACAUGGCGGGCGUCUUCUACAUGCUGCUGGUGGCCAUGGGGCUCAGUCUCCUGGUGUUCAGCUGGGAACAUCUGCUCUACUGGAAGCUGAGACACUCUGUACGCAAGUCUGAACGCCUCGACUUCCUGCUCGCUAUCAGCAGGGGAAUCUACAGCUGCUUCAACGGUGUGGAGGACUCUGACCGCAACGGAAACCUGCAGAACCCUGACGUCACCACCAACUACACCCAGGCCAACAUGCUGAAGAUGCUGCAGACAGCCAAGGACAUCGUGACCUCGACCAGAGUGGAGAACUCCCUGGACAAUGCCACCAAGACCAUAGAGAGCUGGAGCCGGCGAGGAGCCGACAAUGUGCGGGUUGGCCUGCCGCCUCGGGUGGCAACCACUAUAGACAUGGGCCACAGCCGCCUGCCCUACAUCUCCAGCAUCACGGACAACCACUCGCCCUACCCCCAGAGGGCGCUCGCUUCCACCUUCCCCAUCCACUACUCGGACAGCGCCACCCAGCCCCUGCUGGACAAAUCCAGGGUGGUGACGCGGCCUACCCCACUACGCUACACCCUUCCGGCCCGUGGCAGCCACCACUUCUACGAGAGAACCCUACCCAUCUCCAGCCUCAGCAGCCCCCACAUCGCCAUGAGGGACCCUGCUCCCCCCAGCACCUCCAGUCACAACCCACACCCCAGCAGCAGGCUGUAUGUGGAGAGCCAGCCCCGGCACCCCACCUCCCCAUUUGUCCCCUACAGAGAGUUCCAGGUGCCUGACAUCUAUGUGGAACACCACAAGGGGCCCCUGGGACGGAAGUUCAGCUACCCCCCUGACCACAUGGGCAGGAAGAAGAGGUCCCACAGCUACGUGUUUUCUGAGGCCCAAGACACCAGGGGGAGGAAUGACUAUGAUGAGCCAACCUCCUGUCUGGCUGAGCUGAGGGCCAACCACCUCCUGAACAACCAUGCCCCUUCUGCAUCAACCAUGGCCUGCAUGGGGGGCCACUACCCCAGCGGCAGCGCCAGCUGCAACUCCUGCACGAAGCCCUACCUGGAGCCUGAAAUGGAGGAUGUGCCCUUGCUGGGGAAGGACAAGGUCAACCGCCGGGCCUCUUUUCUCAAGGCCUCCUGGAGCAGUGACAGGAUCCGCCAGCUGGGCGAGAAGCCAUCCACCUCCACUAUGCCUGACCUGUUCCCCCGCGUAGUGGUGGCCAACCCCAAGCCCCACAAGCUGUAUGGCAGCCAGGGGAACAACCUGUGCUACCCCCUGGCCGCUGAGCCUGCCUACCUAGACCCGGCUCAUAUGCGUUCCUACCCCUACAAGCAGCAGAAGCUCAAGUGCUCCCAGUCCACCCGGCUACCAUCCUACAGGGAGGCUAUCCUGCAGAACGCAGCCGCCUUGCGGCGCUCCUCCUCCACUGUGGUGCACAGACACUACUCCACCUACCUGAACUCCUACACAGACCUGCCUGUAUACGUGGGGCCCCUGCCCCAGGGGCCCGGGCCGUUCUACAACAAGGACAUGUGCCACUUAUUCCCCUGUGCAAGCCACUGCCCUAACAACAAUGCCCUUGUGCCCCGUAUGGGGGACCGACAGGUAGUGUACCAGAACAAUAUGUUUGGGGGCUACGAGGGUGCGGUGGGGCAGUCGCGAGAGGAGCCCCCCCUGCCCGGGUCUGGCAGCAGGGAUCGGAGGGAGGUCCUGGUGGCCAGAAGAGUCAACAGUCCCUAUGUGCCAAAGACCUGGGGCAGGGUAUCCAGUCUGGAGUCUGAGGUCUGAGUCCUCCCCCUCCAUAUCUUCAGGCUGAUGGACUAUCCCUCCCUCUGGGGAGGGGAAAGCCUACCUGGGGCCUCCCCCUCAGCCAUUGGUUUAGGCAAAAACUAAUGAAUUAGCUACCAACAUGGAUGACUUGAGUGUUUACUCAGUGCAAUAAUAUCAUUGGCUGAUGGAAGGAAGUAGAGGACAUUGAAAGGCUGUUACUGCUGGGACAUUGUCAAGUAAACAUUAAACGAUAAGAAAAGAAAAGAAUGUUGAAUAGUAUUUAAUACCUUCAAAAUUAACCUGUUGAUUGUUCUUUAAAAUAUGUUUAAAUGCUGUCUUGCUGUGAGAGAGAGAUCUGGAUGACAAUACACUAGCCACUCACUCAGUUAAGACACAUUUUACUUUUCUCUUCAAUCAUUUCGGUAUCCUUCCAUUUAAAUUUAGACACAUAAAAAGAGAAUACUUUUGUUAUCAAACCACAGAAAUGUCUUCCACAACUUUUGUAAGUCCAGGAGCUCUAGGGAAAGCUGUCUAAGGCUUUUUGGCUCCGGUGGUCACUGAUAUAAUUUGACUUGGAUUUUAAAAGGGAAAAUGUUUAAUUAUCAUCUGUAUUUCCAUGGUUACUCUACUCUUUAAUAAAUGACAAGGCCACUUCAA